CGCGGCUCCCGUCGCACCUGAAUCGGUGCCUGCCCGCCCGAGGCGCAGCGCGACUAACCGGCUCCUCGCUGUUUCUCCUGCGCCACCAUGGCUGGGGCUGGCAGGCUUCAUCCCGCUGAGGGGAUAACCAGAUGCUGGUGCUGCUGCUGCCGCCGCCACCCUGUUGGGAUCGGCUGGAGGCGCCUGCCGUUCCUUCUGCUCUGUCUGUCGUUGCUGCUUUGGGCGGGCGCCGCUACCCAGGGGGAGAAUCUCCACGCCUGCAAAGAGUCUGAGUACCAUUAUGAAUACACAGCAUGUGACAGCCUGGGCUCCAGAUGGAGAGUUGCUGUGCCCCACACCCCAGGACUCUGCACUGGCCUGCCAGAUCCCAUCAAAGGCACAGAAUGUGCAUUUUCUUGCAAAGCAGGUGAAUUCUUGGAUAUGAAAGAUCAGUCUUGCAAGCCAUGUGCACAGGGCACUUAUUCUCUUGGGACUGGUGUCAGGUUCGAUGAAUGGGAUGAGUUGCCCCAUGGAUUUGCCAACACAGCGACCAAUUUUGAAAUUGAUUACAACCUCUUGGGAAACUGCACCAAGUCAACAUGGGUUCCUAAGGGAGAUUAUAUUGCCUCCAACACCGAUGAGUGCAUAGCUACUCUGAUGUACGCUGUUAACCUCAAGCAAUCUGGGACCGUCUCCUUUGAAUACAUCUACCCGGACAGCAACAUCGUCUUUGAAUUCUUUGUGCAGAAUGAUCAGUGUCAACCAACUGUGGAGGAUUCUCGAUGGAUGAGAACUACAGAGAGAGGUUGGAAGAAACACAGUGUGGAGCUGAGUCGUGGCAACAAUGUCUUGUACUGGAAAACAACAGCUUUCUCUAUUUGGUCCAAAACCCCCAAGCCUGUGUUGGUGAAAAACAUUGGGAUUACAGGUGUGGCUUAUACUUCUGAAUGCUUUCCUUGUAAAGCAGGCACCUACACUGCCAAAUCUGGUUCUUCCUUCUGUCAGCAAUGCCCAGCAAAUUCUUUUUCUUCCAAAGGAGCUACUUCUUGCCAGCAGUGUGAACCAGCAAAUUACUCAGAACCAGGUUCUUCCUCCUGCAAGUCUCGCCCAGCCUGUACAGAUAAGGAUUAUUUUUAUACCCACACUACCUGUGAUGAAAAUGGGGAGACACAGCUAAUGUAUAAAUGGGCUGAACCAAAGAUCUGCAGUGAAGAUCUCCCUAAGGCGGUGAAAUUACCUCCAUCGGGUGUAAAGAUGAUGUGCCCCCCUUGUAAUCCUGGGUUUUUUAAAACAAAUGCCAGCACCUGCGAGCCUUGUCCAUAUGGGAAAUACUCAAAUGGGUCUGGUUGUACCAAUUGUCCAGUUGGCACCGAGCCCGCACUAGGCUUUGAAUACAAAUGGUGGAACACGCUGCCAGCUAAUAUGGAGACCACAGUUCUCAGUGGAAUCAGUUUCGAAUAUAAGAGAAUGGCAGGGUGGGAAGUGGCAGGUGACUACAUCUACACAGCUGCAGGAGGUUCUGACAAUGAUUUCAUGAUUUUAACAUUGGUGAUUCCUGGCUUCAGUCCACCACAAUCAGUUAUGGAAGACUCUGAAAAUAAGAAGGUAGCAGAAAUCACUUUUGUCUUUGAAACCAUCUGCAGUGUGAAUUGUGAACUUUAUUUUAUGGUGGGUAUGAAUUCUAGAACCAAUUCCCCUGUAGAAACCUGGUUUGGCUCCAAAGGAAAACAAUCCUAUACGUACGUUGUUGAGAAGAAUGCUACUACGAGUUUCACGUGGGCCUUCCAGAGGACAGCAUACAACGAAGCGGGAAGAAAAUACACAAAUGAUGUUGCCAGAUUGUACUCCAUCAAUGUGACCAAUGUCAUAGACGGUGUAGCUUCUUACUGCCGGCAGUGUGCUUUGGAAACCUCUGGCUCAUCCUGUACUUCCUGCCCUCAUGGGCACUACAUUGACAAAACAUCUGGUGGUUGUUCUCCAUGUCCAUCAAACACUUACCUGAAAGCUCACCAACCUUAUGGCAAUCAAGCUUGCAUCCGUUGUGGCCCUGGCACAAAAAGUAACAAGAUGCAUUCUCUGUGUUACAAUGACUGUCACUUCUCAAUCAGCAAGAAGGAUAGGACUCUGGAGUAUAACUUCUCCAGACUGGCUAACAGCACCUCCUUUUUAGGAGGGCCAAGCUUUACUUCAAAAGGCCUGAAGUAUUUUCAUCAUUUCAACAUCAGCCUGUGUGGAAAUUAUGGAAAGAAGACUGCUCUCUGCGUAAAUAAUGUCACAGAUAUUCAUAUUUUGGACAAAGGCACUGAGUUCUCAAAGUCAACUUCAUCCUAUGUAUGCCAGUCUGUCAUGAUUCCUUCCGAAGUGAUGGGUUACAAAACCAUGGUCUCUUCUCAGCCUGUGAGCCUGGCGGAUACCUUUGUGGGAGUAACAACAAAACCUACUCUGGACAACAUAACUUCUCAUACUGAUUAUUUCCCUGCUGAAAAUGGGGACUUACCUGAUGUCAUAUUCUUUUAUAGAUCCAAGGAUGUGACCCAGACAUGCCGUGAUGGAAGAGUAACUACCAUUAGGUUGAGAUGUGACCCCCUAAAAUUUGAGCUUGGAUUGCUCUCUUUACCAAGCAAGUGUCCUGAUGGAACCUGUGAUGGAUGCACUUUCCAUUUCCUGUGGGAGUCGGUUGAAGCCUGUCCUCUCUGUUCUGCAGAAGAUUACCAUGCCAUUAUCAGUGCCUGCAUUGGAGGGAUACAGCGAACCACCUAUGUAUGGCGGAAGCCAAAGUUAUGUGCUGGAGGUGUCCUGCUUCCAGAAGAAAAAGUCAGCAUCUGCAAGUCCAUGGACUUCUGGCUUAAGGUGGGCAUCUCAUCUGGGACUUGUGCUGCUGUCCUGCUAAUCGUCAUGACUUGCUACUUCUGGAAGAAAAAUCAAAAGUUAGAAUAUAAAUACUCUAAGCUGGUUAUGAAUACUAGUGCCAAGGACAGUGAACUGCCUGCAGCUGACAGUUGUGCCAUCAUGGAGGGGGAAGACGUAGAGGACGACCUGUUAUUCACAAGCAAGAAUUCUUUCUUUGGGAAAAUAAAGGCAUUCACUUCUAAAGCUUCUCUUAGGUACAGUCAGGCAUGGCAGGACUCUGUGUGUAGGGCUGUUCUCAAUAAACUAAGAGGAAGAAUCUUCCAGCAUCCUCAAAUGGACCCUUCUUUGGCCCCCAGUGCACUGAUACCUCCCAGUAGAAGCAAAAUCAUGUGUGGACAUCUGGGGAAGAAACAUCAAAAGCAAGUUUCUGAGAACAUCUGAUGGUUUUGAUUCUGUGCCCUUGAAGACUUCUUCUGGCACCACCGACAUGGAUCUUUAGAAGUGGUUUGCCUCUCCCAUACAUUUCCUGGAAGAUGCUUUGGGAGUUCUCCUUGAUUAAUACUGGCACUUUGAUGAACUUGCCAUGUGGCCUUAUUGGAAUAUCUUUUAACUUCAGCUUCUUACUGUACUUUUUAAAGUCAAACAUUUUAACAAAUGUCCAAAAACAAACUGUGCCAAAUAUAAUUGUGCUUUUAAAAUUAUGUGUAGAUGUAUAUUUAUAUGUUUAUUGCAUACAUUGUGCCCUCUUUUGUGAUAAUCCCACCCACAAAAAGUUGUUUUCCACAGUAAAGCUAGUGACAUUAUACACAUCUUCUCUUUAAUAGCUAAUACACUGUAAAAUUGAUUUAAAGUCAUGUCACUCUGCUAAGAUAAACUGCUUCUCUGAGUAAGACCUAUUGCACCAAAAGGUCUUAGUGAUAAGAAGAAUGUGUAGAAUUGUGCUGUGAAACUUUCCAUUUGCUUUUUGUAGCUUGCAACAAACAUCCCUCCUAAAGAAGCUAGUAUAACAACAGUUACAUCAAACAAUUUGCCUCUCUAAGAUUUUACUGUACUAUUCAGGACUCCUCAACAAAGCAGGCCUAUCUUUCCCUGUCAGGAUACCUGGCUAUUCUGCUGUUGUCUCUAUUUUCAGUUCUUUUAUUUUAAAACAACAGGGAAAAAAUAUCUACAUUAAUCUUUUCCAAGACUUGAAACUGCUAUUAUUUGUUUUGUUAAUGACCCUUCAGGAAAAUGCAUUGUGGUCAAGGACUUGUGCUGCUGGUGCACCUAUCAUUGACAGUAGCAUAUGUGAAACUCCAUGGCCUAAUAAGGUUUCUGCCACAUCAUGGAACUCAGUCAGAUUAGGAUUCCAGAUCACAUUCCUCAACUCUGUGAGUUGUAAAUGUUAUAACAAUGACUGCAAUGAUAAAGAAAAACCUCUAGCAUAGCAAACCAAAAUCAGGGUAUUACAUAUUUGAAAAAUUCUGUAUCACAUCCAAGGGUAGCGGAAUAGCUGUUAGAAACAUGUUUCCAACUCUGAAUUCAGAUGUCUAUUUUAAACCCAUUCUCAUUCUUUGUAGGAAACUAUUGAGUCUGUUUAAUAUUUCAGGCCAUUUUCCUGCCCUGAUUCCACCCAGAAAAGCUUAUCCUAUAAACAGGUUCCUGUCACAUAAGACUCUUCGGAUUUUCUUGCUGUUUUCAGUGCCUUCUAAAUUUUAAAGAGCUUCUCCAAUCUGGCACGCUUCAAAGAUAUUGGCUAGCUGGGGAUAAUGGGGUUGUAGUUUGACAUAGCUAGAAGUCAUCAGAUCAUAGAAGUUGCCUUAAACUAAAUACUACAUGAAUUAUUUUGAAUGAAUACUUAAGAGUCACAAAGGACAGUGCAGGAGACCUGAAAACAAGGCCUUCUGACAUGAGCUUCAACUGUAUGUUAAAUGACUUAUGAGUGUUAAUACAUGAAAAUGGCCCAAGAUAACAUUACUAUUUUGAGUUCAGGUGUUCUGUUGUAAGUUUAUCUUGAUAUUAUUCUCUGUCAGAAUUUUUCAGAGCACCUAGCUAGAGAUUAUGUCUUCUAUUACACUUUGGAAAGGACUAACAAUUUGGGCUUUGGGAUUCAGGCACCAUCUAAUAACUGGCAAUUGCCAAGUUAAAAUUGACUGAUUUUGUUGCUUUGUUUGUUUUGGCAGGUUAGAAUAACCUUCAGGGUUCUGUUUGCAGUUAAAACAGAGGAAUAUACAAAAAACAGGUUCAUUUUUUGACAGUAUACUUCUCUACCUCAGAAAUAAUUCCCAUUGAAUCAGUAGGGCUUUCCUCCAAGUAAAAGAUCUCCCUUAGAUUCCUCUGAAUGUCCAAAUACUCUGUAAAAGUAAAAAGAAAUUCACUACUUUUUCAAGUAUGUACUUAAAGUACCCCCGAAUAUAGAUUUCUAUCCACAUUCCACUUUAAACAUAUCUUGAAAGUAUCCAUUCUUAUAUAAUGGAGUGCUUGAAAAAAUGGUAACUAGCCACUACAUGAUUUUAACAGUCAUUUUUUUUGUUUGUUUUAAAAAAUGUUUAACCAAGCCUUCUCAAUCAAAUUUUUUUUGAAGUAUUGGAACCACAGCCACUAUCACUCCCAGACUGUAUACCAGGAUGCUGCCACUGACAGCAAUGGGAGUUGCAUUCAACCACAUUUGAAGGACACAAUUUAGGGUAAACUUGGUUUAAGCCAUUUUUGCCAAAGCAGUUAGCAGGACUAUUAUAUUGUUUGAAAUGGAUUACAUUUAUUGGGAUGCAGCUAUACUAGUUCAAGAGAGAUAACCAAUAUUGCUUUAAAAUGAGACAAGCUAAAUGCUUUUACUCUAUAAAUAGUUCUUAGGUACUAAUGCAUGAUAAAAUUGAAAAAUAUUAUAAUCCUAAAGAUCAGUAUACUUUGCAGUUGAAAGGCCUAAUAGCUGUUGCUGUGAUAGUAAUUGAAAAAAAUUGAGACUGUGACAGCCUCUUAAAAAUGAUAUAGAGAUGAGAAGGCAGAAAUUGCUCUGAGAGUAUAGUUAUCAGUUGUGCUUUCUUACCCAGUAGGAAACUGUACUAGAUGUAAAUUAACCAGUUGUUGCUAGUUGCAAUAAUUUGAGACAUUCUAUACAAUUCACAAUAUGUAAAGUUAAAUGUAGCUUUUAUUAUGGCUUGCCAGUUGUUUGAUAAUGUCUAUAAUAAAAGCCAUAUUUUGGAACACCCAAGGGACACAUAUGGUAGGACAAAUUCAUUUGAUGGGGUAGUUACAAACCUGCAAGCUAGAGUGAUUGUUGGCAUAAUAACAUUAACUAGAACAUAUCUUGUAAAAGGCUACCAUUGUACCUGGACUGGUUUUCCCCAUCUGGACUUUAGUUAUUUAAACAAUAGAUAAAGGCAAGUCUUCUCUAGGAUUACCAAAUCAAUUUGGCAUCAAAUUCAUGGUUCUUUUCUAGCUGCCUAUCAGAGGAUGUUCUGACUUAUUUAUUUUGAUGAAAAAUGUACACAGGAAGGAAGCCAGAGAUAACCUAAUAUUGGAAGGAUAAGAAAUUGGGACUUUAAGGGACACUAAGGAAAAAUUACCCUUUGGUAUUGCCAUUUGCACAAAUUGAACUAUUCUAGCACUGUAUAACAUCAAAGUAUUCUGGAACUGACAAGUAUGUAUACAUAAUAUAUACAUACAUACACACAUACACAUAGUUUGAUCAAACUAGUGCUGACAAAAGCAACAGUCUUUUCUUUUGAAAAUCUCUGAUCUUUUCCAUAUAAAAGUGCUUGCCUGAGGAUAGGAAGAUUACGCUCAUGUAAUACAGUAAGAUGUUUGGGGACAAAUUUAUCAGUGGUUAUGAGAGUAGCUUAGGAGAGUUUCUUAUUGCUCAGGACAGGAAGAUUUUUUUUUUUUAGUUUCAAAUAAAGCUCACAGGAAUAAAGAAAGGCAGGACUGGUAUUAGGCUAGAUAGAAUACAGUAUA